UUCUGGGUCGGAACCAGGACUACGACCCGAUCUGAUCGUUUGUUGGAUUUUCUGACUUUUACAGUUUGUAGAUUUUCAAAAACCAAAAUGUUUCUUGUAGCUAAAAUUGGCAGUAUGUUAUUAUCAAUGAGCAGAACGAAGAUUUAUUGAUCUGCAUAAAAUCUGUCAAACAGAUCAAAUAUGUUUGUGUUAAAACUGAACAUUUCAGCUGAAAUUAUUUUAAAUUAAUUAUAAUAGUUAAAAAGAUCAAAUUCUACAAGGAUUCAGAGAUUUAAAAUCUGUCCACAUAGCAGACCGACCCGACCCGGAUCUGGUAUUCUGCUGGCACUAGGUCCAGAUCUGGUAAUGAUGGUUCAUAUGAGGCGGGACACACCUGGACCGGUGAUGGUACGCCACACCUGGACCGGUGAUGGUACGCCACACCUGGACCAGAUCUGUCCUUGCCAAAUACAGGCCAGUUAGGGAAGCGGUUAUGUCACCAUGUGUCAAGUGACAAUUUAUUUUCUCAUAAGUCAUUUCAGGAAAUCAGUUCUUAAAGUUCAAUUUAAAAAAGACAUGAGAGAAAUUAGAAUCAACAUCAUAAUGGUUUAACUUGUUACGCUAGCCGUUGUUUUGUCUACCUGGAUUUUAUAUGUUUAUUGAAUGUAAAAUGUUUUAGUUUUAAAUCUCUAAAUAUAAGAACAUUUAGAAUGGAAAUGGCCGCCGUCACCCCCUGGUGGCGGACAUGACAAACUGCAGCGCCGUCUCCAUAGUAACGGACUCAUGAACUGAACUCAGUCCUUAAGUCUUUUUUGUUUUUUUAGCACAAAUAAAUGAUUCAUUUUAAUCUAUUAGCUGCAUUUUCCCACCACCUAACCGAUGGGUCCGAACAGGAAGUUCGACGUUCCGGUGUACGAUCUGUCUGCGGUCCGAGGAAUCUGGGAGGUCCGAGUGAAGAAGUACAGAACCAGGCAGAAGAAGGAGCAGGAGAGGGUGGAGAACAGCGCCCUCGCCAGGAUCGAUCAGCAGUGGCAGUACCGCAUCUACUGCAAGAGCAUGAAGGCCAAAGAGCUGCAGCAGCUGCACCACUACCUGGAGAGAUCCCUGCUGACGGAGCCGCACGGAGCACACCUGGACCGGAACCCAGACGUCCAGCAGCAGGAGGAUCAUCCGGAUGCGAAGGAUCUGAUCUUCCAGCUGGAAGGAGAUCGUUGGCUGGUGAGUUCCCACAUUCCCAGGGUAAGGGAACGCGCUCUGUGAUGUUUGAGGGAACCGUUCUGCAGGACUUUCCCGGGAGCUGCAGUGGACCACCUACCUGCAGGAGUGGCACGUCAGACGGACUCGGAUCCGCCAGCUGCCCGACUUCCUGGCUCUGUUCACGCAGCUCACCGUCCUCGAGAUUCCCAGAAACCUCAUCACGGAUCUACCGCCUCAGAUCGGUGAGCGGAACCGGGCCAGAAUCUGACCCGACUUCUACAAGGCUUCAUCGUCCGUUUGCUCCUCGUCAGCGGGACGGUGGGUGUUUCCGCCUAAACUCCGUCUCCGUUUCCCGUCUGCUGUCUCCACCAGGGAAGCUGGCGGCGCUCCGCAGGCUGAACGUCAGCUACAACCGGCUGUCCAGAGUUCCUCCGGAGCUCGGAGACUGCGAGAAGCUGGAGCGUCUGGAACUGGCCGGAAACCUGAGCCUGAGCGAACUGCCCUUCGAGCUCAGCAGCCUGAAGCAGCUGGUCCACCUGGACAUCUCGGAGAACCGGUUCGCCUCCAUCCCCGUCUGCGCCCUGAGGAUGAGCCGCCUGCAGCUGCUGGACCUGAGCAACAACCAGCUGAGCGACCUGCCGCAGGACAUGGACAGGCUGCAGCAGCUCUCCACCCUCUUCGUCCACAGCAACCGUCUCUCUUACCUCCCAGUUUGUCUCACCAACAUUUCCAGUCUGAGGAUGGUGGUUGCCAGCGGCGACGCUUUGACCUGCGUCCCGACCUCACUCUGCAACGACCCGACCAUCAAGUUCAUCCGCCUCUAUGACAACCCCGAGAGGAAGAGGAGGGAGGUGAAGGACGGCAGUGAGAAGGAGUUCAUGGAGGCCUACAUCGGCACGCUGAAGGACAGAGACUCCGUCCCGUUCUCCACCACCAAGGUCUCCAUCUCAUGCCUGCUGUGACGGACCGGAACCGGAACCGGAACCGGAGCCGGAGCCGGAACCGUUCUGCAGAGUCCAGUCGGCUCAGAACCAGAAUCUGGACCAGGUCCAGAUCCUGGUUCUGAUGGUUCUGGAGGGUUUGAACGUCAAGUCGCCCAGAAGCUUCUGGUUUUUAUUUCAGUUUAAAUUCCAGAUUUUAAAACGUCUCCAUCUUUUAACAGACUGAGGAAAUAAUUAGAAUAAAAUCAUAAAAUUAAACGGCAGCAAAACAAUAAAACCUGAAUAAUGAGAAUUAAAAGUCGGACUUUAUUCAUAUUACGACUUCAUUUAUGUUUUACCAUUGAAUUUUUUCUUGCUGAUUUUUUAGUCUGGUUUAAAACAUCGUUGUGAAAAUCAGAUUAAAGCAAAAGUGUAAAAUUUAAUCCGGAUCAUCUGCAGAUUAAAAUUUGUCAAAAUUAAAUCUAAACUAAUUUUCCGCAGAAUCAACAAGGAUUUUAAAUUUCAGUAAAUAUUCUGUGAUACAUGAAUAAUAUUUUACUUUUCUGUAAAUAGGACUGUAGUUACAAAUUUCUAAUUAUCCUAAUUUAAAAACAGAUGAAAAUGAACAAAUUUAAUAAAACACUGAUAGAAAUAAAGUUUACAGAAAACUAAUUCUGAAUAUUCCUCUUUCCGUUUUAAAAUAAUUUCCUGAAUAGUUUUAAAAAUGUAGAAAAUAAAACCUCUCUUCCUGGUUGACCUUUGACCUCCUCAGGCUGAUGGUUUGUGUUUUGAUUUAAAUCUGUAGCUGAAGUUGUGACCAAACUAAAUUCUGAAUUACAGAAAUAUUUUAUACAUUUGAUUAAUUGAAAUGUUUUAACGCAUCAACAUGAUUUUAGUUUUUAUGAUAUGUUUGUUUUUUCCAGAAGUUCUGAUUUUAUUCCAACAUGAUUUUAGAUUCCAGGAAAUGUUUCCGUGUUUUGUUUUUCUAAACCUUCUGGAUUUUUAGAAGCUUUAAUAAAAUCUGCUGAUUAUGUUCAACAACUGCGGUGUGACUGACUUCACUCUGAAUUGAACG